CUGGUGUCUUUCCUUUUGCAGAUCUUCGCGCUGAUCGUCUUCUCCUGUAUCCUGACGGACGGCUAUGUCGGUGGCAAUACUGGGCAACUAUACUGUAUCUUCAAUCACAACAUUGACGCCUGCCGCUACGGAAUCGGGAUCGGGGUUAUCGCCUUUUUCGGGGCGCUGAUCUUCCUGGGAUUGGACGUUUACUUACCGAUGCUCAGCAAUGUCCAGACCCGGAAACACAUUGUGCUGUCUGACUUCGGCUUUGCAGGUCUGUGGAGCUUCCUGUGGUUUGUGGGAUUCUGCUUCCUGGCCAAUCAGUGGUCUUUGACAGAUACAGCGAAGAUAAGUGUUGGCCAAGACAACGCUCGAGCAGCCAUUGCCUUCAACUUCUUCUCCAUCCUGUCCUGGGUUCCUCUGGCUAUCUUGGCCUUCAAGAGAGUCAAGAUGGGGGCGGAAGAUUUUAACACAAGCUACGUGGACCCGAGCCUGGACACUGCCUCACCAUACUCCAGCUACCCGGACGCGGUCACCGACAACUACCAGAGGCCACCAUUUACACAGAGCGCAGAGACAGACGAUGGCUACAAACCGCCAGCAUACUGA